AUGGUUGUCAUGCUGUUAAAGCUUAUGCCAAAUAUAGCUAACCCAAGAAGCUGCAAGAGGAGGAAAUUAACUGGUGGAUGUGCAGAGACAGGGUGCGCUCAGAGUGUGUGUGCAUAUAGAUCGGUGUGUGGUUCAGCACCGUUGGUCAUAUCAAAAUGCAUCCCCAUUGGCCUCCUAGCAGUUAAGACGAAUAAUAUCUACGAAGCCAAAGAGCAAGGUGCGGAUAUGGCCAUCUCAACGAUGGAGAGAACAACUAUCCACCACUAUCGGGAACAGUCGUGGAGAUCACAAGCAAGAGGUAGGUGGACUGCCCGGGAAAUAAAUGAAGUGCAACUGUGGAUCAACAUGAAAUAUGGGGAUGUAAAUUUUUAUCUUGCCAAGUUCCUCUCAGGACACGAUCACUUCAAUGCCUAUUUUUUCAGAGAUAAGAAGCCAAGUCCUAAAUUCGACUACUGUUUAAUACACUGUACCAAUCUUUAA